GCCGCCCGCUCCGCCCCGCUCCGCCCCGCCCCGCCCCCGGCAGAGAGGCGCGACGGGCAGCGCGGCGCGGGAGCGCAGGUUCACCAUCUCAAUGGAGGCAGUACCAGGCUGGGUCCCAGCAGUGGGUUUCACACUCUUGCCCCACACAGGAGGAUUCUUAGGAGGCAAGAUAACCAAAAAGGAGAUCCCAGUGUGGUAUGAAUCUCUACAGAAGCCAUCCUGGCGUCCACCUAACUGGGUGUUUGCACCUGUUUGGGGAACUCUCUAUACAUCCAUGGGAUAUGGCUCCUACCUGGUGUGGAAGGAACUGGGGGGCUUCAACGAAAAGUCUGUGGUUCCCCUGGGUCUGUAUGCAGGGCAGCUGGCAUUAAACUGGGCAUGGACUCCCAUAUUUUUUGGAGCUCACAAAAUGGGAUGGGGUUUGGUGACUCUCCUACUCACCACUGGUACAGCAACAGCUACAACUGCUUCCUGGUAUAACAUCAACAGAACAGCAGCGUAUUUGAUGGUUCCUUAUUUAGCUUGGUUAACCAUGGCUUCUGUGCUGAACUACCGUAUCUGGAAGGACAAUCGCAACAAGAAACAAGCUGAAUAAAGAAUUCUCUUAGGAGAGAGAGAUCAGCCAAAAGAUGUUUUUUAAAGUUUUCUAAAAUCACCUUCCUGUGUUUUUAGCUGAACUACUUAAUGCUAUUAGGCAAAGUGACUGCUAAUUACUAUUUGACAGAGCAGUACUUGUUCAAAACAAAUGUGUCUUUACUAGACAAGUCACAAAGUCACAAGGUGCAUGCCUUGGUGAGUUUUAUAGCACAAUAGAAGAUAGUGAUUAAAAAAAAUACUAGUUUUUCUAUAUUAUACCAUUACAGUUUGUAUGACAACAGCAUUUUAACUAAAAAUGAGCACAAAUUACAACUUCACUAUGUUCAGAGGUAGAAGUCAACAAUCAACAAACAUAACUAUGGCCUGAAUCUUUUAUAUGUUUACCACUAGACAGUGCUUUAGUGUGGUGAAGUACUCAUCCCGCUAGAGCUGCCAGGUAUUUGUCCUUCAAUCAUUAUAUUCUGGAAAUACUUAAGAUCAAAUCUUUUUCAGAAUUUGUGCCUUCCCACUUUAAACCAUAGUAUAAUCUAAAGGUCAGCUAUAUGUAUUAAACUUCAUAUAACUUA